AGAAAACCGAGGGGGAUGGCUUCAAGACGACAUCGACUGCCAACCUUGCUCAAGACAAUCAUUCCUUUAGGCGUUUUACUGACUUCUAUUGCGCUGCUCCUCCUCUCGAGGCCUGUUCAGGCUCGCAUGCUGCAUCCCUUUCCCUCAACGACCUUCUCCACCAGUGAGCCAAAUUGUACUGGAACGUCAUUGUAUUCCCGACUGCCUCGCAAAUUCGAACCCUCAGAUUUGGUCUGGGAUCCUUCCAAACAGCUGUUAUAUGUAGUCAGCGAUAACGGGCGCGUUGCAGCGCUGGACAAUGUUGGGACUGACAGUGAGGAUGCGGCUCAAGUAUGGAAGCUGGGAAAACAGUUUGACUUGGAAGGAUGUACGCUUGUACCCGGACGAGCAGAUACCAUUUAUCUUGGGGUUGAAUACCCUGCAGCGGUGUUAGAGUACAACCUCAACUCCUCGUCCAUCGUUCGUGAAUGGCCGCUGCAAUCAUAUUUCGACCAGCACCCGGUUCCAGCGGAUCCAGAUUCAGAUCCGAGUCAAGUAGACACAAACAGUGGUCUGGAGUCACUAGUAUUUGUUCCAUCGUCAGCUUCAGAUUGGGGUGGAUACUUUUACGUCGGCCGACAAGAGGAUGCGCGUGUGUUCGUUUUCGAACUCCCGGUUUCGGAACAGGCAUUAAUGAUUCAAAGUGAGCUACGAUUCAGGGGAUGGAUUCAGCCGCCAGGUCCCGGAUACGACCUCUCAGCAAUGACUCUCUGGCGGAACCACCUCUGGUUGCUGUAUGACAAAGCUUACCAACUACUGGCAUUGAAGUCCGUCAGCAUACUACCAAAGGAGGGGGCGGAAAUGCAAAUUGAGGCAGCGACAUUACAGGCCGUCUCGCAGAUGUCCUUUGAUAUUCGCGGACAAGAGGGCUUGGCAUUUGUCGAGGAGGCGAAUGGCACAAAAUGGGUUUUCAUUGGCGUGGAUCCGCCAAAACGUAAGGGGGCUAAAGAUCUUUUGCGAUACGACCUCGACACGUUCUUUGAGUGCUUUGCAGACAACGGUUUAAAAAGCAUUCCUACGAAUGUCUGAAUAUUUGCAAGUGGAAGCUCCCCAAAGCAAUGUAUAUAUCAUGUACAGUCGUUAGUAUUCUACAGAAGUAUUUUAGUCACUUUGUUUGUUCGAUAGAGUGCCGGUAUUUGGGCCCAAAGGGAACUGGUUCCGAGGAUGCCAUGCGUGUGGACAUCUUCAGAAAAUUUAAUUAUUAUCUCCUAUAUUAUUUCGGC